CCGCGCGGUCUUGUGAAGUUUGUGUUUAUAUUUUGAUCAGGAUUAACAAAUUCUGAAUUGUCUUUUUUUUAAGUGAAAGAAAUGCAUUCCUAAACUCAUAAAUAUUAAUCUAAAGCCCCGACUACAUUAACAUAAGAAUAUGCAAAUUGGUUCAAUUAAGAGAAAAUAAGAAGACAGCAGGAUGAAUUUGGUAUUCCAAAGAGAUAUUUCGAACAUGGUAGAAGCUGCUGCAAAAACACUUACAUUGAAGCCUCUUUAACAAAGAAUGUCUCGUCCUAAAACAACAGAUGCUUUCAGCGAACUUCUAAAUCCUGUCAAGGACCCUGAAAGAUCAUUUGCUAUAAAUAUUGCAGAAUUGUUGCAAAGUUAUGUCAAGAGUUUUCUUGAAGGCUCUGUUAAUUUUAAUUCAGCAGCUUUGAUGAUCCAAGGAAGCAGUAGCAUCUAUGGCAAAAAGGUGGAAUAUCUGCAUAAUUUGGCUACAAAGUUAUAUGCUAGUUUAUUGAAACAUAAAAAAGACGAUGGAGCAAAGAAAGAUACGAAAGAAAGAGAAAAGCAUACCAGAGAAAGCAAAUUUAGUGAUCCCUUCUGCUCUACAGAGAUUAAAUUAGGCAAAAAUCUUAGUUGCCUUAGAAAGAAAUUUGCUUCUAAAAAUUCUACCAACAAAAAGACAUCAAAGAAAUCAGACAAAAAGUUCACAUUCACACCGGUUGAUUUGUUCCCAUUAGAAGGAGAAGACAAAGGGAUGGAACUUCUAGAUGUCCAUGGCCAGUCAUUGGGUAACAAAUAUGAAUUCACUUUAAACAAAUGUAAAGUUACCUCUUCAGGAUGGCUGCUUCUACCCACUGUUAGUCCUGAUCUGAUACCUUCUGAAUUUUCAACUCCUGAUUACACUACAGUGAAUGAAUAUUCAGAUGAUAACAUGUGCAAUGACUUGGAUUCUCAGUCACCUGAAUCAAGUCCUCUUGAUGAAGGCUAUCCUCCAUCAUCUGGGGAAAGUGCUACUCCAGCUACUCAACAAUCCUCUCAAGGUGUAUCAUCUGUUCCAUCUUCUCAAGGAACAGAUGAAGGUGUUGGAUCGUUGCCUUGUACACCGCUGGAAAGUGGAUCUCAACCGGAAUCCGGAACAGCCGAUAAAGAUUCUUCUCAACUUGAAUCAAAUGAUAAUACACCUGCUGCUAAUGGCGCUUCAACAGAAACUCCAAUGGAAGGCACUGAAGAAGGACCAGUUUUAGAUGGCUUAAAUCAUAGUAUUGAAGGUAAUGAAAAUAUUCCAUUGGAAGAUGCUGAUGUAGCCCCAAGGCCACGUAGAUCUACACGACAAGCUCUAAAACUUUGUCAAAUUCAGGAGGAUGAGGCAAAAAAACAAGGAGGCGAAAAUCAAGCAACAACAUUAGCAAAAGACGAGUCAUCUGUGGUUAAAAGAGCCAUUCAAAAGAAAAAUACAUAUAACUUGCCAUCAAAACUUAGGACUAAAAAUGGUACUGCUAUUGAUCCAGUCUCUGCUUUUUGUGCACGAACAUUUUUUUCCAUGGAUCGAAAAUAUCCCAAAUCUUCUUCGCCUCAUUCUUUUGAAGUGCGUGCUUUUCAAAACCAUAAUGAUUUAUUUAAUAAAUUUCGAAGUCUACAAGCAAGUCUUUCAAAUAUUAAUCAGCGUAGAAAAGAAAAGGGAAAUGCUGCAGCUCUUGAAGAAAAUGAUGAUAUUGAUGAAGAAGUUGAUAUUGAAGGAGUUGAAUCAAAUUUAGAUGAUCCUGUUGCAAAUGAAGAUGUUAUAAGUAAACCACUUGAAGCUCGUGAUAUUGUAAUUGAAAAUAACCCUGGGCUACUACCAAUGCCGGUAUAUGAGAAUGAAAAUCCUCUAGCCGAAGAUGAACCAAUUUUUCCUGAUGAUGGUGAAUUUUUUGAUGAUGAACUUAGUGCAUAUGAUGAUAAAGAACUAGAAGACAGCUUUGCAAAUGCAGCAAGGUUGCAGUGUGAUUUAUUCAGAGAAGAUCUGCAGAAAUAUAUUCAAACUUCAGACAUUUCUCAACGAAUUCAUGCAUGGGAAGGUACUAUGAAACCCUUUUUAGAAGGAUUGAACAAAAGAGAAGAAUUUGAUAUCAAUCUGUAUGGCUCACGCAUCUUGAAUGCAUUUGAGGACAGCAAUCGAAAGCAGACCAUCACUUUCCGCAACUUCUGCAAAGGCAAAGAAAAGUGGGAAAUUCAUAGAUAUUUCAUGGCUCUACUUCCUCUUGUAAACAUUGGUAAUGUAAGUAUAGAAGCUGAACAACUAGGUGACGGUGAAGAGGACAUUUUAGUGACUUUGCUGUCAAGAAAGAUGCAUCAUAAAGAAUUGGAAGAGUUUGGUCAUAAUGAAGGGGAACAUUCAUAAGUAUAUAUAUCAUAAGGAAUAAUUUCAUUUCAUUUGUGAGGAAUUUAUGUGUAUAAAUUUUCCAUUCGUUUAUGUGAUUUGUGUACAAAUAAUUUUUGAAAUUCCUUUUAAAUGGUCAAAUAUCCAUUGAAAAUUGUGCAUUAAGUUCUUUCUCGUGAAUCAGUGUUACUAUAUCAUUGAAGUGUACAGACUUUAUAUCUUCAUUAGAUGAUUACUAGAUGUCUUUCCUGUUCAGUGGAUUAUAAUAUUUUAUGGAUUUUAAAUGAACAUGCAAAAAAAUAUUAUAAUCACAUUUGAUUUAUAUUAUAUCAUAAAUACUGUUCAUAUCAUAGCUACAUGUGUAUUUUAUUAAAAAUUGUUGUCAUUUGUUUUUCUAACAGUUGUAUUUAUUUUGUCUCAUAUAUUGAUUUUUGUUAAUUUUGUGGUAAUUUGCAUUUAAUGUUGGUGUACCUGAAACAUACAUUUUCCCCUCUAUAAUCUGAUUGUAGAUCAAGAAGUCAUACUUCAUUUCAUUUUAUUGUGAACUACUGCUAUAUUUAAUAGUCAAUAAAUUUUACUGUGCAUAUGCAUUAAGAAAUGUCAUUACUUUGUAUAAUACUGUUUAUGGUCAUGAAAUUACCCUUGUUUCUGCUUUACAUCACUCACUUAAGUAGCAGCAGUUAAUAUAUACUGUGUAGGAAUUUGAAAAAAAUUUUGCCAAAGUUUUAACUGCAGAAGUUUACAAUCAAUGUAUAGGCCAGAGUCAUGAUUUGUUUUAUUUUUGAAAUUAUUUAUCUUUAUUCUGUAAAAUUAUACAAUAAAUUCAAAUUAUAUUGGCCUUUUCCAUCAUUCUUCAUUUAAAUUUUUGUAUUUGUGUCAACUGAUUCUGCAAAUCUCAUAGUAAAC